AUGGUCCAUGAAAUCAAAUCGAUUGAAGAACUUCGAAGUGAACUUGGUGAUGAGAAAAACAAAGGCAAAUUAAUCAUAAUAGAUUUUUUUGCAACAUGGUGUGGUCCCUGUGUUCGUAUCGCACCAAAAAUUGAAGAAUGGAGCUCAAACGAUUUUAAAGGCAAGGUCGUAUUUCUUAAAUGUGACACCGAUCAAGCGGAAGCUGUUUCACAAGAAUAUAGUAUUGAAGCAAUGCCAACAUUUGUUUUUAUUAAAGACGAAAUAGAAAUUCAUCGAAUUGUUGGCGCAAAUGUCGAACAAUUAAAAGCUGAUAUCGAAACCCGAAUGUCAUAG